CGUGCGGCAGUCUAAAUGCUGCGGCUCGGUGGGCGCGGGCUCCUACUGGGCCUGGCCACAGCGGCGGCCGCGGUGGUGGCAGCGCGGCUGAUGGGCUGGUGGAGCCCCCGCACUGGCUUUCGCCUUUUCAUACCCGAGGAGCUGGCCCGCUACCGCGGCGGCCCUGGGGACCCAGGCCUCUACUUGGCAUUGCUGGGCCGCGUCUACGAUGUGUCCUCUGGACGGAGGCAUUACGAGCCUGGGGCUCACUAUAGCGGCUUCGCAGGCCGAGACGCAUCCAGAGCGUUUGUGACUGGGGACUACUCUGCAGCAGGCCUUGUGGAUGAUGUAUCUGACUUGUCAUUUUCUGAGAUGCUGACACUUCAAAAUUGGCUGUCGUUCUAUGAGAAGAAUUAUGAAUUUGUUGGAAGGGUGAUAGGAAGGUUCUACAGAGAGGAUGGGCUGCCCACCCCGGAACUGACCCGGGUAGAAGCCAUGAUCACCGAAGGCUUGGAAGCAAACAAGCAGGGACUGAAAGAGAAGCAGAAGUUUCCACCCUGCAACGCGGAGUGGAGCUCAGCAAGGGGCAGCCCUCUCUGGUGUUCCCAGAACAGUGGAGGUGUGAGCAGAGACUGGAGUGGCGUCCCCAGGAAGCUGUAUAAGCCAGGUGCCAAGGAGCCCCACUGUGUGUGUGUGAGAACAACUGGCCCCCCUAGUGACCAGGCGCCAGACAGUCCUGCACACAGGAAUCGUGGGGACUUGGAUCACCCCAACUUGGAGGAAUACACAGGCUGCCCACCUCUGUCCAUGACAUGCUCCUUCCCACUCUAAGCUGGUGCCCUUGACUCGUGGGCCCUAGGAUGGCUGCUGACAUCAAACAAGAGGGUCUGGAGGGACUCUGGCCUCUGCAGAUGUGACCCAUGACUCCUCACCAUGGGCUUGCCCUUCUGGUGAGCAAGGCGAGUUUGGCAGCCUGCCUAGUGCUGGUCAGCCCGUUUUUGCCCCUGUUCCCCUAGACCUACUUGCCAUCCUCCUUCAGAGCCCUCAGAUAUGAAUGGGCACAGGUGUGACCAACCCUAAACUAACUGGACAGACAAGCAAAGGGUUCUGAGCUCCAGGAGCGUCCUUCCCACGGACUCCCUGGCUGCCCACAUCAGCCACUGGCCCCGUGAGUGGCACUGGCAAAAGGGACCGCAUCAUCCCCCUACAGCUCAGAAGCAAGACGAUACAGCCAGAAGACGAGGGAAACAAAGAAAGAAAAACAGCAACAACAUAACUGUCUUCCAGGUUGCUCACUGGCUAUACUUGUUACCCCUGACUUUUAUAACCUUUCUUAUAUGUGAGACUCUUCCCUUAGGCAAACUUGAAUUAUAACCAAAAGCUGCAUUGAGUUGAUGUGAGCUGGGCCAGUACAGUGAGAGGUGACAAUGAAAGAGAAUGGACUGUUUCUGGGAAUUGGAAGUUUUUGCUGAUACGGAUGCAGCAAAUCCAGAUGCCUCUUCAAUUUAAAGCAAGGAGAUUGUUUCUUUUUUAAACACUUAAAAUGAGGUGUGGUGUGUUUUCAAAGGGAAAAUUUUGCAUUUUUGGCAAAAGGUCAUUUUAGAGCUCUUACAACGUAACUGGUCCGUGCACCAGCAGGGUUGGGGGCAAGGCUGCAGACGCCGAUGCGGACAGCCUCCACUUCGCUGGCCGGGCUGCAGCUUCUCCAGCGGGUGGUGUCCAAGGGCACCUGCCGUCUCAUAGCCACUGCCUUGUAGAUUCUUAACUGGUUAAGCAGACGGGGCAGGGAGCGUUUCUGCUUCACAGAUGAGGAAACGAAGCCAGGGCUUGACAGGCUCCUGGUCUCUCCUCAUCUGCGCCUCACCUCAACUUCUUUCCCAGUCCCUCAACCCUUAUUUUAUACAGUUUCUAUUCUUUCCCCCCCACCCCCCGCCUUUAUCAUUAAUCUCAGUAAAUAACUUUCCACGUCCCCCGAGCAGAAAAUGGAGGCCACCUCCCCUCCAUGGCCGUCUCAUGGGUCACCGCCCUCGUAGCCACAGCUGCCCCUGGUACCGGACUCGGCCCUCGGCCCCUUGGGCCACCCCAGAUCCUCCUCACCUGCCCUUCCUGUACCUUUAGCCUCUCCCUGGCCCCUGGCUCACCCCCCCCCCUUCAUAAAUAAAACACUCCCUCAGUAACACCACAUUCUUCUGUGGCACCUAUCUAUCCCUGUCACAGAUGAGCUUUUUGAAAAAGUGGGAUGUACUCCCUACCCUUGCUCCCCAGCCCCCCUCGCCUGGCUCCUGCCUUGCCCUGCUCAGCAGCACACAUUCUGCAUUGGUGAACCCCGGGGCCAUAUUUCCUUGAAAGCCUUCUCCACAAACCCCCCUGCCACUGGACUUCUCAGUCCUACCUCAGCUACGAUGUGUCCAGGGGAGGCGCUCCAUAGGCACCUCAGCUCCACAGUUCUGGCACUCGGUCUCUGUCUUCUCCCUCAGGAUUCUGAGGCCCCCCUAAUGAUGGCUCCACGUGCGCCAUCUGCCACACCAGCAUCCUGGUGACAGACCACCCCUCCUUGCUCUCCUGCUCCCUCCUCCCGCCCCACCUGCAAGUCCCGGCCCCUGCCGCCUCAGCUCUCCCGAACCAACCGCACUCCCUGCCCCCAGUCCACCCUCCGUGCUGUGAGCCAUCCUUCUGGAUGACCAGGGCAGUUCCUCACCUAAGCCCUUUCUGUGGCUCCCCGUAGCUGUAAGGAUCAAGUGCUGACUCCCCAGCAGCGUGGCACACAAGGCUCAUGGGCGGUCUGUCCCCUCUUGGCCUCUCUCCCUCCCCCCGCCUGCACCUCACUGCGUUAUGCCUCCGUCCAGGCUGUCCCUCCUACCUGCCAUGAUAGCUCUUCCUCUGCCCAAUUUGUCCACCUCUUACCUCUUGAAAACUCGGCCCCAUCCACACCACUUGGGAGCCUUCAUUAACCACUGGCCCACCAGUUGGAUUUAUUUUUUAAAGAUUUUAUUUUUAGAGAGAGGGAAAGGGAGGAAGAAAGAAACAUCGAUGUGAGAGAAACAUCAAUUGGUUGCCUCCCGUACGCGUCCUGACCAGGAACCUAACCUGCAACCCAGGCAUGUGCUCUGACUAGGAAUCAAAUGGCAACCUUUCGCUUUGCAGGGUGACACCCAACCAACCCAGCCCUACUGGUCAGGGCCCACCAGUUGGAUUUGGAUGCACCCUCCCCUAGGUUCCCAUAACAGUGUCCAUGUGUUCACUCCUCAAAUAACAUCAGUGUUCUGUAACCCAGGGCUUCCUAUCAGCUCUCACACUGGACUGCAGACUGAGAACAGAGGUCAAGGGCGUCUCGGUUUUGCACCGCUCUAGCCGCAAGUACCUAGAGUGCACAGUACGUGUGCAGUUAGCUCUUGUUCUGGAGAUGAGGCAGCCAAUCUCCAAGAACACAGUAAGGGCCCACAGCAGUGGAGCUGAGCCUGGAACUCAAGGUUCCUGUCCUGAUUCACUGCCAUUUUCACUCCUCCAUAGCUCGGUAUGUCUCUGCCCUCCCUAGAGUAGGGGUAAACAGAAAGGAGGGCUCAGAUGAGGGCCUUGUUCUUCGUUCCACACAGCCCUUGAGCUGUCAUUGCCUGAGGCGACCCCGGUCAUUGGAAGCAGCAGCGCCCAACUCCAGGCUAAGUGGGAGCUAGUCACUGCCACUGCUCUCGUCCUUAGUCACUCAACAAAUAUUUACCAAGCCCCUAUGUGCCGUGGGGUGAGGGAUGGCAGGAAGGUGAGGCCCCUGACCUCAAGGAGCUCACAGUGUGGUAGAAACAGGGAGAGUGUGGGGGCCAGGUCCAGAGAUGGUUGAGCCCUUCCAAAAGCCACCUGCAAAAGGAGCAAGAACAAGGCACCCUUCGAGUCCUCCCAGUCAAUUGUGGACUUGGGAGGCACCAGAAGUUGCCUCACCUCUGCCAGAUGCAGGCCCCUGAACCACCCUGUGGGGCACUCAGCCAGCCUCAGCAGGCUGCUCGCCUCCUCGCUCAGUGAGAAUUUUUGAUACCAACCUCUCACAUUACAGUAAAGAGCAGUGGGGGAAUUGUCAAGGGACGCAGCAAGAGCAGGUUGUCAUUUCGGCGGCAAGGAGGGCUCAGCCGUGCGGAGUGGCUGCUGGAGAAAUGCCUCUCCUCUCCCCAGUAGAGGCAGCCCUCUGAUGAACGCCACAGUCCAGCUCAGGCAAUGAAGACUUGCUGGCAGAGGGAAACGGAGAGAAUACAUGUUGGGCACCUGUGCUGGGUAGGGGGCUUUAACAUCCAUGCCGUCUGGGAGAGGGUCUCAUUUUAUGGCCCAGAAGAGGGGCAGAGCUCCCCCACCACCCCCGACCUUUGAGUGGUUACAGCAGCCAUCGCAGGGCAGAGCUGUUUCUUACCCAAGCCUGCCCCCUCUGCCUCAGCACCGAGCAGUUAGAGCAAAGGUGGGGCAGCUGCCCUCCAACGUGGAGGAAACUGACAUCUGCCCUUGAAUUCUGAGACCCCAGUUUUCUAUAAGCACAAAAUUCAGAGUGAAGAGCCCGGGGUUUUGGGGUCACAGCUCAGCCACGGCAUGACGGCACAGCGAAGGGAGCAGUAUCCGUCUGUCGCCCCUAGCCCUUGCUUGCUUAGCUCUGGGACAAGGAAUGAUCGGACAGGCCCCCCUGGACAGGCGGGGACCCAUCUCUUCAGAAAUCUGCAGUGCCCCUCAGAGGAUUAUUCUGGGCUGAUCCCCCACCCUCCAGAGCACUUCCUUCUGCCAGAGUCCAGUCCCUAAGUUCCUGCAAGUAGGCAGCAGACAUCGCUCCCAUCAGCCCUCACUGGAGGGGGCUCUCGGUGUGCACACUGGAUUCUGUGUGCUCGCAGGAGAGGAAGGACAUGUUACUGAUCACCUUCCUCAAGGCCACCCUGUGAGCCGAAAAGGACAAUGGACAUUUCCACUGUACAGACCCACAGACUAAAACAGAAUCAAUGACAAAGCAGAACGAAGACCCAGUGCUCUUCCUUGGCUGGGCAAAGUGUGUGAAAGUUGAAAUGUGUGAAAACAGGCUGGUUCCUGUUUGUAUUCCCAUAUUAUGACAUAACAUGACCAGUGUCCACCUCAAGGACGGCUAUUAGGAUUACUUGGGAGCACCUAACGGUUCCUGUUCACUAUGAGGAAGGCCAGCAGAGAAUGAGACGUAUCACCACAGUUGAACUAGGGGUAAGCAAAAGUGGGAGGUUGAGAAAGGGAAGACAUUAUUAGUUCAAAAAAAUGUGAGGGCCAGGUGAGCGAGGUUUGUACAAUUCGCAUAGGGGCUUUAUGGGUUUUAAUUUGCAAACCCCUUAAUUUACUGCUCUAUGAAACCCACAGUGCCAGUCCUCCCUUCAGAUCGAGACCAGCAAAAGCCUCGCCCUGCCUGGUUCCUCUUGAGCUGUUCCUCAGUAAUGGCGUUUUGAAGCGGGAAUUUGCGGGGUCCCUUGGCGAGCAUCAGUGGGGUCCGCACUGCCACGGCUGAGGCCUGGGCUGAGGGGACAGUAAAUCCAGGCAGCUGGCUAUGUGGCCUAAAACUGCUACUUUUUGAUGGCCGUCAACAAUGUUUCUGAAAAGUGCUAGAAAUUCCAACUUUCCUGGUGGGUAGCUGGUAAAGAAGUUAAUCACAUGUCAGGAGUUUUAAAAUUUGUUUGUUUUUAAUGCUUAUUGGUACUUCUGCAUGAAAAGUUAACUACAAAUGUCUCAUUAAAGUUCUCACUUUGAAUGC